AAGGCAGGCGGGACGCCCGGAGCGGCAUCACUGGCCGGCAAGCCAUCCUCGCAUCCACACACGCACGCCACCAACAUGAGGACCGCCACCCUGCUCGCCCUCGGCGUCCUCGCCACCGUCCUCGCCCUUGGCCGCGCCCAGCAGAAGGAGCUCGCCAUCCCGCCUUACAUCAAGGUCUGCAAGAGGAACGACCCCAAUCUCAUCCCCUGCAUUAAGGACUCGAUCGAGAACCUCAGGCCCAAGCUGAAGACCGGUAUCCCGGAGCUGGAGGUACCCGGCCUGGAGCCACUGCAUCUUCGAGAGAUCAACGUGACACCUGUGCAGAAUUCUCGCCUGCCGAGGUUCAAGGCGCUGGGCCACAACGUGGAUGCGAGGGGCGUCAGUGAUUUCAAGAUCCACAAGAUCGAAGCCGACCUGGACACCAACACGUUCCGCGCCAGCAUCGAGAUCCCCGUCAUCAAGUUCAACGGCGAGUACGAGGUCAACGUCAACGUCCUGGCGCUCCCUAUCAAGGCCCGCGGCCCCAUGACAGGCAACACGACUGACGUGUACGGCGAGGCGACCCUUCAGGGCCACAUUGAGAUGCGCAAUGGCCAGCGCUACAUCAAGUUCGACAAGAUGGACGUGGACGUCGCACUGUCGAACUACCACAUCUACCUCGGCAACCUGUUCGGCAACGACCCCGUACUGAGCGAAUCGGUGAACCAGGCUAUUAACGCCAACAACAAGGAAUUCAUCAAGGUCAUCAAACCCAUCAUCGACGCAACUGCAUCCAACAUGUUGCUGGAGGUCGCCAAUAGGAUCACGGAGCACUUCACCUACGACCAGCUCUUCCCUGCAAACUAACCACCCCAAAACAAAACCUCCCUCAAUCCAGCCCACCACUCACAUAUCCACACUUAGGCAUUUGAUUGAAUGAGCAUACGAAGUAGGUUCCAAAGAUUUGCUAAAUUGUCUAGAAUAAUGGUAGGUAGAUUGAUGACAUUUUAGGCUCAAUAUGAGACACUGGGCCACCUUCAGACUGAAAGCAAAAACCAUUCACGUGAUAUUUGUAGGUACCAUAAUUACUUUGAAUUAGUAUAAAAAGUGUUGAUAUUUUUUAAAAUGUAGGUCAUAAAGAUCGACCAAAGUCACUACUCUCUCUCUCUCUCUCUCUCUCUCUCUCUCUCUCUCUCUCUCUCUCUUUCUCUAACAAUAAACUUUUUCUGUGAUGAUGUAUCUUACUUCCAAAGAUCAAUUCUUCCAAUUCAAUUUCAUGUUGUUGCUCAAUAUCAGUAGAUUGUGAAAAUUGUACUUGCUUCCCUUUGAUAACUAAGAAUUCAAAUUGUCAACUGUCGUAAACAUUUGAAACUUGAAUAAUCCUUGGUUAUACUUAUUUGUUUUUGAUAAUACUGUGUAAAAUGUAAAAAACAUCAAAAAAGACAAAAACAGAGAAAAUAAACUUUUGACAUUUUAAUGUCAAUAAACAAAA